AUGGCUUCCCUUUGGAUCGUCGUCGCGGCGGCGCUGCUGGUCCUCGGGUGCGCGUGCGGUGGCGCGACGGCGCGGCCGCUGAUCGGAGCCGCGGGGGCGAAGCAGCCUUUGCAGACGUCGCGGCCGUUCAACAUCGCGCACAGGGGCUCCAACGGUGAGCUCCCCGAGGAGACGGCGGUGGCGUACAUGCGCGCCAUCGAGGAGGGCGCCGACUUCAUCGAGGCGGACAUCGCCGCCACCAAGGACGGCCACCUCGUCUGCUUCCACGACAUGACGCUCGACGACACCACCGACGUCGCCGACCACAAGGAGUUCGCCGCCCGCCGCCGGACGCUCGAGGUGCAGUGGGCCAACGUCACCGGAUUCUUCAUCACUGAUUUCACGUUGGCCGAGCUGAAGACGCUGAGGGCGAAGCAGAGAUGGUCGUUCCGUGAACAAUCACACAACGGCACGUACAUCGACCACAGCAUUUCUCCCAUCAUCACCUUCGACGAGUUCAUCAACAUCGCUCUCAACGCCAAGAGGGUCGUCGGGAUCUACCCGGAGAUGAAGAGCCCCGUGUUCGUCAACCAGCACGUGAAGUGGGCGGACGGGAAGAAGUACGAGGACAAGUUCAUCGCGACGCUGAAGAAGUACGGGUACGGCGGCAAGUACAUGACCAAGCCAUGGCUGGAGAAGCCCGUCUUCAUCCAGUCCUUUGCGCCCACGUCGCUCAUCUACGCCGCCGGCCUCACCGACUUGCCCAAGGUGUUCCUCAUCGACGAUCUGACGGUGCGCACUGAGGACACCAACCAGUCCUACGACGAGAUCACCUCCGACGAGUACCUCGACUACAUGAAGGACUACGUCGUCGGCAUCGGGCCCUGGAAGGACACUGUGGUGCCACCCACCAAGGCCAACCGCCUCGCCACGCCCACCGACCUCGUCGCCAUGGCGCACGCCAGGGGCCUGCAGGUGCAUCCCUACACCUACCGCAACGAGAACCGCUUCCUGCACUACAACUUCAGGCAGGACCCCUACGCCGAGUACGACUACUGGCUCAACAACGUCGGCGUCGAUGGCCUCUUCACCGACUUCCCAGCCAGCCUCCGCCGUUUCCAGGAAUGGACCACCAAAACCAGAAACUGA